AAGUGUUAAAUCACAUUAAUGAUUGUUAUCAAUAUUCAGUAGAUACUCAAAGUGAAAUAUCAAACCAUGAAUUAUCUAUUAUACAAUUUCAUACAAUUCCUCGUACAUUACCAUCACAAGUACUUAUUAUCGAACUAUCACAAUUACCAAAUCGGGAAUCUCACUUGUAG